AUGUACUCUACCUCGACUGUGGGCGCCGCCCUGCUGCUCGGCCUCGCCGCCAUUGCCCGGGCGGACGACAACUUCGGCGGCUACGGCUACUCGAGCAGCGCAGUCAACAUCUCAGCCCGCAGCGUUGCGUGGGAGAGGGCGUACAACAGCUCCAACGCCACUGGCACCAUCACAUUCACCGGCUACGACGUAUCUCUGCCCUGGCCCGGCAAGCCACUGGAUGGCUGGACCGUCUCCGCGACUGGAGUCGACCUGUCCAAGCUCGACGAUGCCCUGAGGGCUGAGGGCAAGCGUCGUGUCAUCGGCGACGACGUGCGCAUCGUCGCGCCCAGCUCGCUCUACAAGCAGAGCGCUAACUCCAGCGAUGCCGGCCGCCCGGUCGUCAACGCCCACGCGGACUGGGUCUUUUGCGCGUGGCCGUGGUAUCUGCCGCCCGCCGGCAACAACUCGCUGCAGAACAACCCAGACAACCUGCCGCAAAAGCCCGAUGGCUCCUGCGGCCAAUGGCUCACAGACUCUUGCAUCGCCGCGCUGGAGAACGCGGCCAAGACGGCCUACGAGUUCUCCUCGCUCCAGGGCACCUGGGGCCAGAGGCACAAGUGCAAGAGUUUGGAUGUACCCUCGGUCUGCCGUAGCGGUUACAUGUCGCGAAGCCAGCCUAUCACCGACAGAUGGGGAGCACCCCUCAAAUAUCUGAAUGGCUCGUCGACGUUUCAAGACGGCUACAGCCUCGACAACCGCUACACACCCGAAGACCAAAAGGCCAUGUGGAAGACUAUCACCCACAGUUAUCGACCCAUCCUUACGCUCUUUGGGCGCAGCAACUCGGACCCCAAUGCCAAAGUCGAGCCAGGCUUCGCCAAACUGGUGUGCCUCCGGGCACAGGAAAAAGGUGAAGUGAACGAGCCGGCUUCUCAGGGCAACAACGGCAGCAACGGCUCCGGUGGCAAGAAUAGUGCGACUGGUGUAUCAACCAGUUGGGUAUUGCUGCUCACCAUGGUGGCCGCUGUCAUGGCUUUGCACUAA